AUGCCGCUCCGCGUCUCGCUGAAAAAACACUUCUUCGCUCGCUCCGAGCGCGUCAAGUCCGUGGACUUCCACCCUACAGAGCCUUUCCUUCUCUCGGCGCUCUACGACGGCCGGCUCCAAAUCCACGACUACACGACGCAUGCACUCGUGAAAGAAAUCGACGCGUCUCCCCUCCCGCUCAGAACGGCGAAAUUUAUUGUCAAGCGGCAAUGGAUGAUCUGCGGUGGAGACGACUGCGCACUGCGCGUGUUCAACAUCCACACGCUGGAGAAAGUGAAGGAAAUCCCAAACGCUCACGGCGACUACAUUCGGCACAUCUCCGUCCACGUCUCGAAACCCCUCGUUCUCUCCUCCUCCGAUGACAUGACGGUUAAGCUAUGGCACUACGAGAAGAACUGGGAAAAGCUUGCGUCCUACGAGCAACACAGCCACUACGUGAUGCAAACUCAGUGGCAUCCGCGAGACCCGAACCUCUUUGCUUCCUGUUCGCUCGACCGCACAAUCAAAGUCUGGGGCGUGCAGGCCCGCAGCGCCUCGCCCUCGACGGCUGCCGCGUUGACAGGCGCCGGCUCGCCUGCGGUCGUCUCGGCCCCGCACUUCACCCUGACGGGACACGAGCGGGGCGUGAACUGCAUCGAGUACUCAAAGAGCGGAGAACGCCCGUACCUCGUCUCAGGAAGCGACGACUGCACAGUCCGCGUGUGGGAUUACCAAACCAAGCAGUGCAUCCAGGUUUUAAGCGGCCACUCGAAAAACGUCUGCUCCGUCCUCUUCACAUCGCUUUCCGGACACGUCCUUCCUCUCCUCUUCUCCGCAGGCGAAGACGCCCAGCUGUUCGUAUGGCAUGCGCUGACGUACAAAAAGGAGCUUUCUCUGGACUUGAAUGUGGAGCGAAUCUGGUCACUCUCGCUCCUUGACCCUUCGGCUGCUUCCUCGGCGGCCACGGGUGGAGCCGCAGGCGCUUCGCCGGCAGCUGGCGUCGGAGGCGGAGGCACCGGCGGUCUCGGCGGCCUCGUUCUGGCGAUUGGAAGCGACUCUGGAACUCUUGUUCUUAAGAUGGGCAAGGAGCAGCCAGUUGCCUCCUUGCACAGCGGCAAGGCAGUGGUUGCUCGAGGCUUUGAGAUUCUCCAAGUGAACCUCCGGCUGCUGGAGGAACAGCAGUACCAGGAUGGCGAGAGACUCCCAGUCGCGUACAAGGAGCUCGGACAAUGCGAGAUUUUCCCGCAAAACAUCAGCCACCAUCCAAACGGCCGCUUCAUCGCCGUGUGUGGGGACGGCGAAUACGUGAUUUACACAGCACAGGCUUUAAGGAACAAGACGUUUGGAAAGUGUGUCGACUUUGUGUGGUCGGCUGAGGGUCACUACGCGAUCCGGGAGGAGAACAACCGCGUCCGUGUCCACACGAACUUUGCGGAGACAUUUAACUUCACACCGCCUUUCUCCGUGGAGACACUGUGGGGUGGGGCCCUCCUCGCCCUGAAGGCCGCUGACGACUCCUUCGUGUGCUUCUACGACUGGGAAGCUUGCAGGCUCAUCCGCCGAAUCGACGUCGUCGGCGUCCAGCAGGUGCACUGGAGUCCUAGCGGUUUCUUCGUCGCUCUCUUCACGUCGGACAAAAUCUACGUGUUGCGCCACGACAAAUUUGCAGUCAUGGCAGCGAACGCUGCGCAAGCUAGGGAGGAAGAGGGCGGCAUCGAAAUCGCUUUCGAACUCGUCGACCAAGUCGCAGAGACAGCCGUGAGCGGUCUGUGGGUCAGCGAGUGUCUGGUGUACACCACGACGCAAGGCCGAGUCAAGUGCUGGUGUGCCGGCCAAGUGGAGGUUCUGCAUCACAUGAAUGCUGGCCGAGCUUCCUUUCUCCUCGGCUACCUCCCGGAGCAAAAUCGGCUGUACUUGAUCGACCGCGAUCUCGGUUUGAGUGCAUGCAGCCUCCACGUGGCCUUCAUCGAGUACAAGGUGGCGAUGGCUCGAGGGGACCUCCAAGCAGCCGCGGAGUUCCUCCCGCGCAUCCCCGUCGAGCUCCACGAUCGCGCUGCGCGCUUCCUCUUCUCCAAAGGAUACAAAGAAGAGGCUUUGAAUCUCGCGCGCGAUGAGCAGCUUCGCUUCGACGUCGCCCUGUCUCUGGGGCGCCUGCAGACCUGCGCCGAAUUGGUGCGCUCAACGAGCAAAUCGACCGCGGAACCGGGCACAGUCUCGGCGCGCUGGAAGCGUCUGGGCGAUGUCGCCCUGGAGACAGGUCACCUCGCCCUUGCAGCCUCCUGCUUCCAAGAGUGCCGAGACCACCAUUCGCUCCUCCUGCUCUACUCGGCCAGCGGAGACGGAAGAAAGCUGCUGAACGUCGCCGCUUCGGCUCUCCAAAGCAAAAACUUCACGGUCGCUUUCCUCGCCUAUGCGCUCUGCCAACGCAUCGACGACUGUGUCGACGUUCUCCUGGCGGCUGGACGCUUCCCGGAGGCGGCUCUCUUUGCGCGAAGCUACGCGCCGAGUCGGGCGAGCGCAUGCGUGAAAAAGUGGCGAGAGGCUCUUGUGAAGAAACAGAGCAAAGGCGAGAAAAGACAGAAGAGCGACGCGCAGAGAAAGGAAGCAGAAAGCGAGUGCAGAGGCGGCGGGCCAGCAGACCCCGCGGAGCAGCCAGAGAAGUUCGGCAACCUCGAAGAAGCAAUUGAGGCGGAGAAGAUCCUCCGAGAGCGAUACACCCGCGUCGUCCCCGCCUCAGCAUUCCCGUCCAUGCGCAACCUGCUCGAUUUUGACAUCGUUCAGCAGAUCAACCAAGAAGGCGCGCAGAAGGUUCGGAACGAGUUGCUUUCGGUUUCCUUGGAUGAGCUUCUCGAAGGAGCAACCGACCAGCGAGGCGAGCCGAAGGAAGUGCCUGACCUCCUCGACGCUGGGUCCGCGGGUGGUCCCGUGCCGCCAGGAAACGAGCAGCCCAUGAAUGGUACAGUGCCUGUGGAAGCGCGCGCGCCGGGUUUCGAUGCUACUCUCUCUGGCGCUCCAGCAGACAUGUACAAGGUGCCCCACAGCGUGAAUGCUGCUGCGUCCCCCGCCGCUUCUCUUACGUCUCCGCAUCUUUCGGAUGAGCCUGCGUAUGGCGCUCAGUCUCAGUCUCAUUUAUAUCAGCCUUCGGGAGUGGGAGGGGGCGACGGCGGGCUCUCUGCCUCGCUUGCACUUCGCUUUGCAGAAGAACCCGCGAAGUUCGCGGCGGUGGAGCCGAAGGAAACCAACCACGCGUCUAACAACUUGAACCUCGACCCCUGUGGGAGUAUCCCGCGGUCGGCAAGCGUCGGCUAUUCAGACAUUCGUAGCACUGUAACGGAGCGAAGUGCGUACACUGGCACAUCGAGUCUUGACGGUCAAGCUGGAGCGAACUCGUCGGGUGUCUAUACACCUGGUGCGUAUGACGCGACGCAAGGAAGUGGCGCUGUGUCGAAUCUUGGCCUCGACAGCAGAGAAGAGAGAGAAAGGUACGGGGAAACAGAGAAGAGGGGCGACUGUAUGGAAGGCGGCGAGGUAGAGAAUUCGGGAUCUUACCCCGUGGAAAGAAGUCAAGAACGCGGGCACAGCGAGGACCAGUCACCGCACACGUCUUGGGGCGUACCACCGGUCGUUUCGCCCGGAAUUCGAGGUGAAUCAGGAGGAUAUGGCGGGUAUGGAGCGCAGCAAAGUGCAGAGGACGCCAACGCCGAGUUGGUGAACGCCAACCAGUUCACGCAAUCUCGUCUAGGUGGAGUCGGAGACUUCUAUCGCGAACAGAGAGGCGAGCCGGCGGAGUUCCAGCACGGCGAGCCCGAGCCAGGCGCUCAGUUCUUGCAGGACGAAUUUGUUGAUGUCGCGGACCCCAGUGACCUCAACAAGGGCGUGGCCGGCGGGAGCGACAUUUCCUUCUCCGACGUUGAGGCGUGA